CACCGCCAUUUUGUUUUAUCAAUACCUUAAGCGCGUGUGUCUUGUGCACUUAUAAAUUUAAUUUAAUCUUUUAGCGUUUAUUAAUAGAUUUAAUACAUUCUAUUUGUUUUGUUUACGCCUUAUCUUUUGUGUUGCACGUCAUGUCUGAUCGAGAGAGAAGUCGGUCGAGAACCCGCAACGGAUCGCGCGAUCCGCCACCGAAGGCCGCGGUGAUGUCUCGAGGACAUAGCCGAAGCCGGUCCAGAACGCCGCCCCCGCCAAAAUCUUCGAGCAGAAAAUAUCGAAGCCCACGCCUCAUCGCCGCUGACGCUGGGUCCCCUAGGUCCCGUUCCCGCUCGGGCUCCCCGCGGCGCGGGUACCGUGGCUCGCGGUACUCGCGCAGCCGCUCGCGCUCGUACUCCCCGAGGGGCUCCUACCGCCGAUCCCAUUCGCACAGCCCGAUGUCUUCGCGGCGGCGCCAUCAGGGCGAUAGGGAGAACCCUACGCCUUCGAGGUGCCUCGGUGUUUUUGGUCUGAGUUUGUACACCACUGAGCAGCAGAUCAACCAUAUCUUCUCUAAAUAUGGACCAGUCGACAAAGUGCAAGUUGUUAUCGACGCCAAGACGGGCCGCUCGAGAGGAUUCUGUUUCGUGUACUAUGAGAACCAAGAAGAUGCCAAAGUGGCCAAGAACGAGUGCACCGGCAUGGAGAUCGACGGGCGUCGUAUCCGCGUGGACUUCUCUAUCACCCAGCGCGCUCACACGCCUACACCCGGCAUUUAUAUGGGAAAACCUACCGUGAGCAGCCGGGGUGAUAAUGGAUACGACAGACGGCGUGAUAGAGAUGAGUACUACUACCGCGGCGGCGGCGGGUACCGCGAGCGGGACUACUACCACCGCGGCUACCGGCACCGUUCACCGUCGCCGCACUACCGCCGCUCGCGCCGCUACGAACGCGAGCGCUCCUACUCGCCGCGUAUUGAAACAAGAAGUAAAGGAUGAAGUUCCUUGAAACGUAACUGUGUUGAAGUUUUGAAAAUGUUUGAUUGAAAAGCCUUUUGGCGGUUGCCGAAAAUCCGACCGGCCGGUGGGUGCCGAAAAGAAAAUGUGGGCGUAGAAGCCAAGUUUUCGGACCUAACUUGACAUAUGUCGAAGCGAAAAGAAUAUGAUCGGGUUACCGGUUUGUAGGGAGUUCGAAGGCCAAGCUCGCUUCAAGACGCUCAAGAGAGAAGUCGCGCACAGAUCAUAUUCUUUAUCUUCUGACUUUAGGAUACUAUUACACUUUACAUUAUCUGUCGGUAUAUAUCCAACGUGAUCAUUAUUGCAUUUCUCGUCACCAUAGUAUGUAUUUAUGUAUGGACCGUCGCGGUCGGUAUAUUCUAUCUUAUUUUUAGUGUAGACUUGUGAGCAGCGACUUGUUAAUAAAUAAUAGUUUUGUAAUAUCA